AUGUUUGUCAACAGGCCUGGAUUUAGGCUGGUAUCUAUUUCUGUAGUUAGGUCUGCAAGAUGCGCAUCUACCAAGUUCCAGGAAGGUGACCUAGUACUUCUGCGGUCGCUUGCCCGGCCAGACAAGGUAUCUCUUUCCAAGCCUCUCGAAAAAGAUGGUCAAUUGUCCGUUCCGGACGGCAAAAUCGAGCAUAAUGAUCUGAUUGGAUCAUUUCCUAGAUCUACCAUUUUACAGUCGCACAGACGCAAAGACAGAUACAUGGCGGUUCAUCCUACAUUGGAGGAGUACAUCAGUCUGAGUGACCGUGAUGCCCAGCCAAUAUACGCGCCAGAUGCCGCUGCCAUUGUGUCUAUGAUGGAUAUACAUGUUGAUUAUCCUGCUUUGAGUCAUUCUGGUGAACUUUUGGAGAAACCACUUCAGUACCUGGAAGCUGGAAGUGGCCAUGGAUCCUUCUCCAUAGCCAUGGCACGUGCUAUUCAUGCUGCUAAUUGUCAUGCCACCGAGAGUAAACCCGAGUUGAGGGGAGCUAUAUUGCACAGCAUAGAUAAUCGAGAGCUUCACUCUAAAAGAGCAGCGAAAACGGUCAAGAACUUCAAGAGAGGUAUGUACUCCAAGAAUGUUGAGUUCCAUGUUGCGGAAUCUCCGUCUUCGUGGUUGACUGGAGAAGACUCCGCAAAGUAUAGAAAACUGUCUAAUGAUUUGCAACUCGAUGACAGACUAGAGUCCGAAUUUGCAUUCUUGAGUGGGGCGUUUCUGGACAUGGCAGACUCACAUCUAGAGAUCAAAGAGGUGGCCAAAUCGCUGAAACAUGACGCUCCCUUGGUUAUAUUCACACCGUCGAUUACGCAGAUUAUGGAAGCAAUUAAGCUGGUUCAGGAAGACAGAGAUAUAAAACUCACGUUUGUGAGAUGUGCUGAGAUCACCAGUGGGGCUGGCGGAGGAAUGCGUGAAUGGGACACCAGACUCACAUAUGUGCGAAAAACGGGCGAGCAAGUUGCCGUUUGUAGGCCCAAGGUUGGGAUUAGAGUUCAGGGAGGUGGAUUUAUUGGGAUGUUCAAGAAAAUUCCCAAUGAUUCGAGACCAAAGAAGGAUGAGGCUGCCACAGAAAGUGAAGCUGAAAUUAACGCGAAAAUCACAUUAAAACAAGAAGGGAUUGCGGAAGACGAAAGCCUGGAUAAUGUGGAAAAAUAG